GUAAAGUUGAGUUGUGGAUGUAAGCUUUCCCAUUCUCUAGAAAAGGAACUAGGAGUGCUUUUCUUGUGUAUCUUGGCAGCGUGUCUGUUAAUGGGUUCCCCGAAGCUGGUCCUUGUGGUUAGUGGCAAAAGGAAGUCGGGUAAAGAUUUUGUGACAAACCUUAUACAAGCAAGGUUAGGAACAGAAACAUGUGCCAUUCUUCGUCUGUCUGGACCACUAAAACAGCAAUAUGCAAAGGAGCAUGGCUUGGAUUUCCAGCUGCUGCUGGGGACAUCAGAGUAUAAGGAGAAGUAUCGAACUGACAUGAUCCGAUGGGGUGAGGAAAAACGUAAUACUGACCCAGGAUUUUUCUGCAGGAUUAUUGUACAGAAUGUAGUAGAGCCGGUGUGGGUAAUCAGUGAUGCCCGUCGCAAAUCAGAUGUGGAAUGGUUUCAGACUUACUAUCCAGAAGUGACACAGACAGUUCGUAUAACUGCUUCAGAAGAGAUAAGAAAGCAAAGAGGAUGGGUCUUCACUCCAGCACUGAAGUACUGUGUAAGCGUACGCAUGUGCAGUAUAUCAAGAAAGCCCCAUGAUAUCAGGAAAAAUGCGGAAGAGCACCACGGCACCGUUAUACAAGGACGUUAUUUAAGAAAAGUGUGGAUGAUGGAGUCUCUGAAUGCGGUUUGGAUGAGGGAGUGAGUUUUGAUUGGAUCAUUCAUAAUGAUGGUGAACGACAGUCUCUGGAAGAGGACCUUAGAAAACUGAUGGAACACAUCUGUACUUUGAUUUAGCUGUCUUUGUCUUCCAGAACUGGAUCCUUCCUCAUUUCCAGACUUCGCAAACAAGGAAGUUACAGCUCUUUAGCAUGCUAAGGAAUGCUGUCACACCUUCCAAGGAAUUCCACAGUUUAACUUGGACCAAGACCAUAGUACAUGACAAGGUGCAUCUGUGGACAUCAAGGAGCAUCUCCUUUUUAUGCAACUACUUUUUGUUUAUGUAUCUCUUCUGACCUAUAAAGUGUCUGUCUUGGGAUGUUGGGAAUGGAAGGAAAACAGUCUUCUGGAUGUUUAUAAUAUGACUGUCUUUUGACAGUAAAUUAUUUUAGCACUGUAAAAAGAGCUUACAUACCCUGAGAACAAGAAUACACUUGAUGCUGACAUGCUGAUAUAAAGAUACAAACUAAAAUUUCAGUGUGUCUGCAGACGAUAAAAAGCACAUUGUUGGUAUUGCUGGGGUGCUGCCACAGCAAUAAAUGUGUUAGUUUUAUUUUAAAAUAACUAUUUCAGGAAAAUUUAUUUUCAAAUCAUGUUUUUAAUACUCGUCCAUCCUGACCCAUCUCAGGAGAGACUGAUGCAGUCUCUAUUUAUUUAGUGCCAUUUUUAUGACGCUAUAAGAAUAAACUGGCAAGGUUGACCUACGUCUGUGACUGACAGGAGGCGACAGUCACACAUGGGUUCAGCUAGCUGCUAUGGUACAGUGAGAUAGCCACAGGUAGGAGUAUUACAUUUUGGGCCGGGUUUAUCACACAUUAUUCACUGAAGGUUAGAAAUAGUGGAACUGAUCUAUAGGGGACAAAAAGAUUUAUUUUGUGAUAUUGAGGGUCUAGGAAUAUAAGCUGAUGUUUGUGGUCCUCUGAUGUUCAGCUGUACAGAAUGAACUGAUGCUAAAUUCAGAUGCAUAUUUAUUUGAGCACCUGUCAGCUAAGCACUAUUACAAAUGUAAUGACAGAGUAAGCUCAGGCAUCCAAAUGAAAAAAAAAUUGAGUAAGAGCAAGUAAAAACAAAUAUAAGGUUAAAACGGAUUAAUCCCUGGCCUAGCUGCUGGCAAUAUUAUCAGUGACAGCAAAUGUAGGAGCAGUUCCAGAAAGAUAGAUGAUAAUGUUAGGUUAUUCCAUUUUGAGAAAGUCAGGAAUUGACUUUAUCGUAUCUGUUUCAUGGCUGACCAUAAGUGAGUUGGUUAUAUGUUAAUAUGUGCAUAAUACAGCUUGUUCAGCUGAUCAUUUUAUUUUAAAUGUACAGUAUAGUGGGGAUAGUAAAAUAAAUAUCUGGGUGGAAUAUGUGAUACUGCAGCACUUGGCAGUCACACACAAUGAGAGAGACCCCUCCCCCUUAAAGUUAUCAAUAUACUUUACCCAAUCAAGUACCUUAAUCAAAACCUUCAUAAAGGAAAGUAAUAAGAGGUGAUAAUAACAAGCAAAGAUUAAUAUCACUUGUAUGAAGUUGAAGCCCUGCCCUCACAAAACUGCUUGAAUUGUGAAGUGGGUAUUAAAACUAUGUCAGUUUUUGCCAUGAUGCGGGGAGGGGUUGUGAUGCUGGUAUGUCAAUAAAAUUACAGUAUUUAUUAUUUUGCCUGUUUUUUUUCCCCUGUGAGUAGUAUUUCCCCAUACGUGUAUAUGUACAUAUGCCUUAUCAGGUGACAGAGUGAUGGAGUCUAUAUAAUGCCUUUUCAGCUGCAGGCAGGUAUAAGGAAAUGAUUGGUGAUGGGAAAUUUGCAGUAUGGACAUGACAAAUAUUAAGAGUCAUAGUAUAGGAAACACAUGAUAUGUUCAGCAAAAAUGUGAAAGUCAUGUUUCAUUUAAAUUUAGUAUAAUGUACUGUUUAAAGAAGUCUCAGCAUAACAUGCAUGCUCAGUAAAUAUGAAAUCUUUACUGAACCUUGGUUAAAUGAAUAAACUUGUGUUUUCAAAGGC